GUGGCACCGCGCCGGCGCCCGCACCCGCGCCCCGGCUUCACUGGACCGCACGCGGAGCUGCUGCGGCCUCUCCCGGGCGGAGUCGAACCUGACUGGCUGGGCGUGGCCGCGGGCCCUGUGGUGCGCAGCCGCGCAGUGGUGUGUGGCCGAGCGGCUCGCCAUGGACCUGGAG